UCAGCGAUUCACACCAAUAAUAAAUCCAAAGAUAAAGCGGACAUAUCACAAAUCAUGAAAAUACUUUCGUUAGUGAUUCGCUGUGUUGAUCUAUUGAGAUUACAACUACAAAGAUGAUGGGAGCUCAGCCGACAAACAAUCUACAGUCAGAGAUGGUCAAGCGAAUUCAGGGACGGCCCUGCUGGCAGCAUUUCAGCGCCGUAGUGACAGUGGCGGGCUUUACCCUAUUGCUCCUAUACAAGCUCUGGAGUAUUCACGGUCGUAGGAGCCUGGCACUAGGCGAGACGUCGGUUCUGGUCCAAGACCAGCGGGGAUCGGGACUUUACCUUACCCUAAAGCUACGCUGUUAUUAUUGUGAUACAGAGGAUUACGGUCCCACAUGGAAAGAUGUCAUGUCAGACAAGACGUGCCAGGACACUAUCAUGUCUCAGUGCUACGCCAAUCAAACCACAGGAGAUCGCAAGGUUACUAAGGUCGUAAGCCUUAUAAGGGCAUGUGUAAGUGAAUGUACAUGCUCAGACGAGGAGAAUUGGUGCUCGCCGGAAGUGUGCGGUCGAAAUGUGCAGUGCUGUUGGCGCCAGGUGUACUGCAAUGAUGAACAUGAAAAAAGGAUAGGACUCAGUCAGCCGGCAUUCACACAUAAAUACCAUGAUACACACAACCGUGUGUAAGCCUAUUCAACAGGUCUUUGUAAAUAGACUACAAUUGCGAAGUCAACAGUUUAUUUUUAUUUCGCUAAAUACAGAGAAAAGAGGCCUCU